AUGGCUAAGGAAAAGCGAACAAAACCUUGCUCCAAUUGUAAGAAAUCAAAGGUUAAGUGCAUUUACUCUAAUUCAUUACCUUGUGAAAGAUGUAUUAAAUUAGGACAGGCAGUAAGCUGUCAGUUUGUGCCUAAGCUUCCUUCUUUAAAACUUCCGCUGAUUACAACUUCCCACUCGGACUCAACUCAUAUUCAACAGUCCUUGGAUGAUAUAGGUCUCCCACCCUUGAAGCCCUUAUUAAGGUCUAGUGAUCAGAGUGAACAACAAUCCCAAGAGCCUAGACAUCCUGGAAAUCUAAUGGGAAAACUUCAACAGGGACCUGAUAUUCAAUGGAAGCAACUGGUGGAACAGCGUAUCACUUCAUUCGAUUCGAAGAUUAGUGAUUUAGUUGAGUUACUCAAGACAAAUCAAAAGGUAUUGAUGGAAGGGUACAAAGGUCAGGCAGCACCUCAUCAUCUAGCUAAUGAUUACCAAGAGAAUAGUUCUCAAUAUCCCGGCCAUCUGCAAAUUCGACUGGCACGAGAGGGUAUUUCCGAAGGCGAUUCCUUUCAGCAGGGCAUUGAAAAAGGCACUGAUCUUAAGCAGGACCAAGAGCUUCAUCAUCACCACCAUCACUACCACCAUCAUCAUCAUCAAGAUCAAUUUGAAAAUAUACAAGAUCGCAUACCAUGGAGCAAUCAACUUCUUCGGAUCCAAGACAGUACAAGUAACAAUUCUGAUGGAAAGAGACAAAAUUUAACUGUUUAUGAGAAGGAUCAUAGAGCAAAGCUACGGAGACUUGACUCUGACAACUUAGAGGACUCUUCUGUUGACGAUUUUCGUAUGGGAUUCUUGGAUAAAGCUGAAGCGCAUGAGUUAUUUGCAUUUUUUGAAGAAUAUAUUUCUCCUCAGUUAUUUGGAUUUGAAAUAUCCAAAUUUUCUGUGGACAACCUUUGGGAGACUUCUCCAAUUUUGAUAUGUGCCAUUUGUGCCAUAUCGUCAAUGCAUCAUCCUAAUAAGCAGUUAUCUCAGAAGUCAAAAGGGCUCCAUAAAUAUCUUCGCAAUUUCUGCGGAACGCUUUUAUUCAAGGGGAGGCCCAAUAAUGAGGUCGAUGGGUUCAAUACAAUUGUCGCUCUAGUGUUGUGUAGCUUUUGGUUGACAGAUUCCCAAAUGUUUACAGGAUUAGCGUUGCAAUUAGCAAAGGAAAUAGGUUUGGAUUCACCUCAGAGAAGUUCAGCAAAGAGUAGUCUCUCGGCCAAAGAAAGGAUGAAACUUUGGUAUUUGUUAUUCAUAUUAGAUGGCCAACAGAGCCUAACCUUCAACAGAUCACCUUUGGUGAACUCACAGGAUUACAGUUUGAAGCACAGUAGAGAGAUACUACUUUCGAAAAAGAAGACGUCACCAGCAAUUAAUGGGAAGGAAAAUGAGCCUGAUGAUAAGGAAGUUUCAGAAAACAUACAAUCUAAUGAACAUUUUUCCGAUAUGAGACUUGUUUCUCAAGUGGAAUAUAAUCAAGCACUAAAUGAGGCAUUCAAAGGAGAUGCCUGGGAUCUUUUGACACCAUCGUCAUUCGGUAUUCCUUCAAAAAGUAAUUUAGAACUAGACAAAUGGAUGGUAUCGUGGACUGUCUUAUUGGCUUCUGAAAAUAACGGCUCGGUAUGGUCUUCGAAAUCUACUUUAAUUUAUUAUAAUUUUGCAAAAAUGCACAUUAAUUCUAAGGCUGUAAGGGAUCUUGGUCUGGAUAUAACAGAAUCUAAUAUGUUUCCAAAGUGGUCAAAUCAUUUAUGUUCCACGAGCUCGAAAACAAAAGUCAUUGAAUCGACAGAAGAAAGUGACAGCGAUGAUACUUCGGAUGAAGAAUUCAUUUCAAAUAAAGAGCUAGUCUCUGAUAAUGAGAAGGUUGUUAGUGCUAUAAUUGCCAUUAAUGCAGCUCAAACUGUGAUAAAUUUAGUCCUAAGCGACGAAGACAUUUUAAAUAACUUGAAAUACGUUCCGGUGCAUAUUCAUAUAAUGUUGUAUUAUGCGGCAUUGCUUCUUAUUAAUCCUCCCUCAGACUCCAUUAAUAAGUCAGUUUCAUUUACUGAGGAGAAAUACUACGAUCAACUAAUAACUAACUUAAAAAUUGUGAAAUCAUUGCAAAAAAAGAUAUACACGAACUUACCCACCGACAGAAACUUUGGUGACCGUCUAAUAAUGAACUUAAAUAAUAUUGUCGAAGAAAAAUUGUCUAAAAUACGAACUGUUUUAGAUAAUCCUAAUACUGACAUUCCUAAAUCCAAAAGUGAUUCGUUUCGUGAACGUUUGUCCGUUAUUGGCAAGGAUAAUUCACAAUGCGAAACGAUUGAGCUAUUGGAACUGGAAAGUCAUUCUUUAAGAAGCUCAAGUCCGGAAAAAUUUUCUGCUUGGCCAGGAUCACAUCAUGGCCAUCCAUGA